AUGCCGACGAGGACGAGUAGAAGUUCGUCGGUCGAUCUAAGAUCGACGAAGAAGCAGUAGAUCGGUAGGAGCUCAGCUUGGAGGCGGAGUUGCCGAUAGCGGAACUGGUAUUGCCGCUAUUACCGCUGGAACAUCGUCUGCUAGGAGAAUGCGGCGCCAUUGGACUGGUACUGUACGAGACUGCUACGGCGCCCGCCUGGCCCCCACGCGCUGAUUGUUUUCCGAGUAUUCCAAGGGUGUUCGAGCCUUUCCGGGAAGAAUCUAGCCCAGAUUGGCCAGAUUCUAAUUCUGUUAUUCCUUUCUUACCGAACAGUAGCAUAUCAUUGUUCGAGGAGGGCGUAAGAAACGGUUGA